AUGGAGGAUUUCAGACAGGUAGACCCGACUCUUCCGCAAAACACCGACGGUCACAGCCCACCCAUUCCGGACAAGAGACCCCUCGACGUUGAUGCUGGUGCCAUGAUCCUCGACGACUCGAGACUUACCUACAGACAGUCCCCCAAGAACCAAGCAACUGCUGUCACCAUAGAGCCAGUCAGCCCACACGCGACUUGUGACACUGAUGCGAUGGGCUUCACCAAGGUCGAGAUGCCUGCUCCGGAGAACGGGGCUCAGAGCAGCGGACCCAGGCAAGCUCUACCCAAAGGCCUCGUUGCCACUCGUUUCAAUAAUUAUCCUGCCUCCAAUCCUUCUCGUCAUCCUCUGUCGCCAUCUUCCACAGUUACAUCAUCCUCAUUUGUCGAAUGCGAUCUGAUCGACCUUGGUGCUGACAUUUCCUCACCAUCAAGAGAGUUUUCCGAAAAAGAUGUUAUCCCCAAUGCACGCGACGGCGGAGACGAGGCAGAGGCCAGUGAUGACUUGCUGCUGCGUCGUGAAAUCAUGGAGCUGCGCCACAGGCUCAAGUCAACAAUGGCUCGAGCUGAAAUCGCCGAGGAGAAGGUAGAACGAGCAGAGCGGAGGAUAGGCGAGAUCAAGUCUACCGUGACCUCGACCAUCACAGAGAUUGAGAAAGACACAGCACCUCUUGCUUCAAAAAUCAAUGAGCUCAACACAGAGAAUACAGCUUUGAAAGAACAACUCAGAGAUGCCCAAUCUCACAUCUUUAGCCUUCAGCCCUAUCGCAAAGAGCUCACCCCCGAGGAAGUUGGGCGCGAAUACGAUGAUCUUAUCGAGGGCAUCAGCGAUUGGGUUUCCAAGUUCAUGGAUCCCCAUUUGGACGACCAUGAAAAGGGGGUCGAUGACCUAAUGACGGCUGCCCGCAGGAGGCCUAGCGACGCCCUCAAAUUGAAGCAGGUCAUACACCAGUAUCCUGACCUGGUUCAUGGCGCAGUCUUCCCAGAAACGGAUGAAGACAUUAUUGUUGCAACCAUCAUGAGGUUCAUCAACGAGAACAUUUUUCAAAAGAUUAUGUACGGCUCCAUCGCCAACUAUGUGGAAGUCCUCAGCUUCGUGGAAACGGCGCUCCAGAACCAUGUUGAACCAAAGCGAGAUCUCUUUGCGAUACGAACCUGGACGGCAGAAGCAUACAAUGCAAUCUUGAGCUCCCGCGACUUCAAGGGCUGCCGGGAAAAGAAAAUGCGCGAGCUAACGAUCGAACUUGCGAGUAUUUUCAAAAUCUUCUGCCGGAGAGACAAGAUAGAUGCAUUUUUCAGGGGUUUUGAGCAGGUUUGCAUCAAGCCCGCGAUGCAAUUGUAUGAGAAGAUUCAGGUCUCCACCAACCAUUUCUAUUUCGACAUCAGCCCAUACAUAGUUUGGGGUGUGGACGACGAGAUGCAAACCUCGACCGACUUCCUCGACAAUUUGCAAGAACUCGACUGCAAGAACAUACUACAGAACCGCAAAGCUUUCAAUUUGACAAAGAUUGACCCGCAACCCACCAAAAAGGAGCUGUAUCACCACCUGCUCAACGUUUGCACUCUCACGCCGGCGCUAUACAUGCGACAGAUUGGCCGCAAGGAUGUUAUCAAGGAACCUCAGCUUGUGCGACGCCAACAGAUGCUGGUCGCGUGGGGGCCGCAAGAAAAGCGUGAUAGGUUCCAGGAGAGUGGGGCUCGUACACUUUUGAGCCACCUCUACUACGCCAAGAGCGAUCGAGAGAGGCAGGAAGCCGGCGGAUGGACAAAUUUCCGGUGGGGAGGCUAG